AACGUUUCUGACGACGACGACGAUAACUGCAAAAACCAUAGACACGCCAAUGACACAGGCGUACUUUUCAGCUACUGGGCGAACGGUGUCGUCCCCGUUGCCGAUGAUGGAGACGCCCUCAACAGACUCUGCGUCGCAGGAGAAGCAUCUUAACGCGGAAGAUGUACAGGAAGCGUAUAUUACCCAGAAGGACAGUCUAGUUGAAGCUCUCGACUCUACAAAGUCGAUACUGGGAGACCUUCGCGCUUUCAACAAGGAAUCGUGGGUCGUACGGUACCCACAGUUCCACGAGGAGAAACAGAAUGGAGAGGUGAAAAAGCGUCGGGGUGGGAUGCGGCGGUCGUUGUCAUUCGCUGACGAGCCCGCACUGGAGACAGAGGUCGUCUUGGGAAAGAGAGGGGAGUUGAAGCGGGCUGCUACCAUCGCAGAGGAAGUGCAGGAUGCGACUGAGGAACCUUCGGCCGACCCUACGACGGACUCCGAGUUCCAUGUCCUUCGUCUCGACCUCAAGCUGGGCCCGCACGGCUCAUCGAGCUCACCGGCGUCCCUGGUCUCGCAGCUCGAAAAGUCAUCGAUCGCCAACUUGCUUGACGAGCGUAUCUUAUCCUCCCUCGCUCACAUCGACAAGCUCCAGCUUCGUGUCCAGGACACAUCGUCGAAAGUCCUCGUGACGGGUGACCUGAACGCGGGCAAGUCGACGUUCGUGAACGCUCUGCUGCGCAGGGAGGUCAUGCCUGUUGACCAACAGCCGUGCACGACGGCCUUCUGCGAGGUGCAUGACGCGUCGGAGAACGGCGGAAAGGAGGAGGUGCAUGUUUUGAAAGAGGGUGCGCACUAUGAUCCGAAGGAUGAGAGCACGUUCACUCGUGUCAGCUUGGAUGGGCUUGAGGGGAUCGUGUCGGAGAACGAGAACUCGCAGCAGGUCCUCAAGAUGUAUCUCGCUGACUCGCGGCAACCCGACAACUCAUUACUGAACAACGGCGUUGUCGACAUUUCUCUCAUAGACGCGCCGGGCUUGAACCGAGACAGUUUGAAGACGACUGCGCUCUUCUCCCGCCAAGAGGAGAUUGACGUCGUCGUCUUCGUCGUAUCGGCAGAGAACCACUUCACGCUGUCGGCGAAGGAGUUCUUGUGGAAUGCGAGCAACGAAAAGGCGUACGUCUUCAUUGUCGUCAACAAGUUUGAGGGCAUCAAGAACAAGGACAAGUGCCGACGGCUCGUGCUUGAGCAGAUCAAGCAGCUUUCCCCGAGGACUUACGAAGACGCUGAGGACUUAGUGCAUUUUGUGGACUCUGCUGCUGCUUUGGAUGGUACUUCGGAGCAGCCUUCCUUCGAGAACCUCGAGUCGUCUCUGCGAUCCUUUGUUCUCGUCAAGCGAGCAAAGUCCAAGUUGGCGCCGGUUUCGAACUACUUGUUGAACCUCCUCAAGGAUGUCUCUUUGCUAGUCGGCUCCAACGCUAUCGUCGCCGAGUCAGAGUUGGAGCGUGCCAAGGCUGACCUCGACCGCACCCGCCCUGUGUGGGAGAAGAUGAAGAACAGCCGUGAGGUUUUGGAAGAUACCUUGGAGCACGUUGAAGAAGAAGGCGCCUCCAAGGCGAACACGACGACCAGGCAGAUGCUUUCGACUGCACUGGAUCGUGUCGGAGAGGGUUUGCCGGGGGUUGAGAGGCCUAUGGUCGAAAUGCCCUCGUACCCCGGUCUGCUUGGUAUUUGGGACUACGCCAAGGAUGUAAGAAGGGCGCUCCUCGCUAGCUUGGACCUUGCCGUCAAGUUGGCCGAGGAUGAGGCUCGGGUUAUCACUAGUGCGGGCGUGAAGAAGGUCUCUGACCUUGGCGACGAGCAUUUACCAGAGGGUGUUGAGAGGUCUCGCAGGGUGUUCAUCCCCGAGGCGAUGUUCUCCGCUCGUCGGUCGACGAAGAAGGGUCGGAGGUCCAGCGGUGUUGUCGUUGCUGGCGGCACUCAAGGUCUUGGCCUCGGUCUUGCUCAGCGCCCUGAGCUUCUCGAGACCUCGUUCCUCGACCUCUUCGACGUCUACCACCAGUUCUCGGUGCACUUCGGUGAAGGCAAGGAGGGCAAGGAAGAGGAAGAGAUGAGCCCCACUGCUCUGAGCGUUGUAUCUGUCGGCGUCGGUGCUUUGACCGUCGUCGGCGGCAAGACCCUCGGGGUACGCAGUCUCAUUGAGGGUAUCGCCCGCGUCUCAGACGUGCUAUCGAACGAGACAGCGCGCAAGUGGGCCGCACCCGUCAUUGGUGCCGUUGCCAUUGGUGCUACAGCCUACUUCAUCCUUGAGUUGCCGAGCACCAUCCCGCGCACCGUCGGUCGGCGGAUCCGGUCCUCGCUAGUCAAGCAGGAAGGCUCCCAGGAUGACAUGUUCGUUGAUGCCCACGCCACCAGGAUUAGCCGCGAGACGAGGAAGGUCCUUAGACUGGCCUCGUGGGACCUCAGGGAGAGGUUCAGAACUGCGAUGGAUGAGCGCGGCAAGGAGGUGAAGGGCGCUGAGGAGAUGGAGAAGCAGGCCAGGAAGGCCCUCGAGUAUUUCCUGGAGCUCAACCAGCGAACUGGUGAAGUAAAGGAGAAGGUGCAAUCCACGGUAGUUCUCUAAGCCUUAGCGCUCAUAACGAUCAAUGUACGAUUUCUAAUUGCCUCGUUUCUCGUUUAUUCCCUGUAUGACUUCACUUAAUCUUUCAGGUACAUUCACUGUCGUCUAUCAUUGACGCCAUUAGUUCGAUUUCGAUUCUGCACCAGUACGCGUUCUCUAGACAUACUGCCUGCCUCACGCUCCUUAGUAUCCCUUUGGAAUCAUGUCACGUAUAUAUAUGAACUACACGGAAUGUACUUUUGUGCAGUAAAACUUAUAUCAUCAGUCGCUGGUCCAUGUAGACCG